AUGUCUUUGUCUGCCAGAACCGUUGUUAUGGCUUUGUGGUUUCUGUUCUUGCUCGCUCCAUGCUGUACUAGAGCAAUACCCGAUGAUCAAGUUCAAGCUAGAUGUGACUCUCAUAACUUUAACAACGGCAAACACUUUCGUUCUUGCAUUGACCUUCCGGUGCUAGACUCGUUCCUACACUUCAGUUAUGUUCGAGAAACCGGAGUUCUUGAAGUUGCGUAUCGUCACACUAACAUUGAGUCUUCUAGUUGGAUCGCUUGGGGUAUAAACCCUACGAGAAAAGGCAUGUUAGGUGCUCAAACUCUCAUGGCUUAUCGUAAUUCAACUUCUGGUGUUAUGCGUGCUUAUACUUCUUCAAUCAAAGACUACUCACCUAAGCUUCAAGAAGGUCCUCUCAGCUUUCGUGUAACACAGCUAUCCGCUGAAUAUCUCAAUGGAGAGAUGACUAUAUUUGCUACUAUAGUGUUGCCUUCUAACACAACCGUUGUGAAUCAUCUAUGGCAAGACGGUCCAUUGAAGGAAGGUGAUAGACUUGGGAUGCACGCAAUGAGUGGAGAUCAUCUCAAAUCCAUGGCUACUUUAGAUUUGCUGUCUGGACAAGUCACGGCCACAGAAGCAGCUAAGGGAGAUAUUUUACUAGUCAAGCGUAUCCAUGGAAUUGUGAACGCGGUGUGUUGGGGGAUCUUCAUGCCCAUUGGAGCCAUGGCUGCAAGGUACAUGAAGACGUAUAAAGGAUUGGAUCCUAUGUGGUUUUAUGUACACAUCGUAUUUCAAAGUACUGGCUACUUCGUUGGUUUAUUGGGAGGACUAGGAACUGCUAUUUACAUGGCAAAACACACGGGAAUGAGAGCUACACCGCAUACCGUCAUAGGGAUGUUCCUUUUUGCUCUAGGGUUUUUGCAGAUACUUGCGCUCAAAGCAAGACCGGACAAAGAUCACAAGUAUAGAAAAUAUUGGAACUGGUACCAUCACACUAUGGGAUAUAUAGUGAUUAUACUAAGUGUAUACAACAUCUACAAAGGCUUAGCCAUCUUGCAACCUGGAAGCUCAUGGAAGAUUGCUUACAGUUCCAUCAUCGGGGUCAUUGGAUUGUUUGCGGCUGUGAUGGAGAUUUUGCAAUUUAAAACUAGAUGGGGAGGCUUGUGGCGCAAGAAAUCUGAAGACCUAAAAGCUGAUCAAACUGUUUCCACUGUUGUGUAG